AUGACCGGGGAUCGGGGAGUUGGGAGUAGAGAUGAGAAGAGAGGAAGGUUUGGACCUGAUCUUCAGGGCUAUGUACCGGAAACGGCGUCUUUGGGGAAAUUAAAGUUGGUAUUUGGGAAACGUACUCUACCUCUUACUUGGGAAGAAAUUAAGAUACGAGCGAUCAGCGGCAAUGGGGAAAAACCGAAAACCGACAAAGACGACGACGAUCUCCGCGUUUUCGGGAGAAAGAAGAAAAAUCCAAAGAAUUUGAGGGACCUGAAGAUCUUACAAUUCGUCCGAAAUGUCAAACUACUUCGGAUAUUGAAACUCCAUAUCCUCCUCACACCGAAUGCCUGA